CACACCUCCUUAAUAUAUAAACCCACGUGUAAUGUUAAAUACUCAUCAGUCUCAUUUCUGAAGUCAACCUCAAAAUUUUUAUAAAAAAACUAAUCUUAUUCAUUUAUUAAUUUAUUUAUUUACAUAUAUUUAUCAUUAGCAUUAAAAUUGUGAAAUGGAAAUUAUUAUUAAUUUGUGAAGGAAAAGUGCCUCGAUUUUAAUUGGAUUUUCUUCAAUGUGUGUAUAUAUGUGUGUGAUUUGUUAUUCUUAAGUGAAAAAAAUUUUUAUACCGAAAAAAAAAAUUUUUUAAUAAAAUUUUUUUUUUUCGCUAAAAAAGGAAAAUUUAAAAAAUUCGAUUUUAUAAAAAUCGAAAACCCAAAUUUUCUAAUUUUGGGGGGAAGAAGAAAAUUUUUUUUCCUUUUCAUUUUGAUAAGGCAAAAAUUUUGCCGCGAAAAUAAACAGCUUUCAUAUGUUGGACACAAUGAUUAGUGGCAAUGCUUUUCCAUUGGCAGCGGAAAACGCAAUGGUGGCAAAAUUUCCGCGUGUCGAAGAUGAGGAAUAUUCAGGGCACAUUGGACGACCGUACGUUAAAGCGGCUACUGAAUUGAAAUCAAAUUCGGCCACUGAAGUCAUUGACAUUGACAGUUUGGCGAACAAUGUUAAUCCAUUAUACGAAAGGAUGUUGGAAGUAUCAGUUAGAGAAGGAAGACUAUAUUGUUUAAACGAUUUCGUCAACACUUCCUGCUGGUUAAAGAUGGUACCAUUGGCAAAAGAUUGUCAAAGUCCGAAUGUCAUGCUAAUGAAUGCCGAGAAGGGCGUUGUAUUAAAAACAAUAAAAAAUAUUUAUCCCGGCGAACCACUACUUAUGUGGUUCACAGAAAAUAUUUUGGCAAUGAUGAACAUUCCAUUUCUGACGCCAAGAAAUAUUUUAGGAAAAAAUCGCUACACCUGUGAAAUGUGUAAUUUCGCCUUCGAAUGUCCAAAUCCAUUAAAAAUUCAUCUCGCCCUAAAAUGCAAUCGUCUCGAUUUAAGUUAUUUAUGGACAAAAUUGGCAAAAGAAUAUAAUACACCACAGAAAGCAUCUCUAAUAUUAAAUCCAUUUGUUCCCAUAAUACCAUUUAAAUUUCAAUUGUCCGGUGCACCACAAACGAAUCUCGUCGAAAUGUUUGCUUCAUCAAGAACAUCGCCAAUUUUAUCUGAGACAACGUCAAAUAAAAAUGGAAGUCUACACAGUUCGGCGUCAUCGUCAUCGCAAAGUUCGCCGGAAUCGGUGAUUAACGAAAGACGAACGACAAAUUCAAUGGACAUUUCACAUGUGAAGAAAAAUUUAACAAAUCAUCAUUCGGCCUUUAAGCCAUACAACAAUAAACCAGUUAUUUAUGGUGGUAUGUCACAAAUUGACGAUUCAUUAAUAGGUCACUAUCAAGUACCAACACCAACACCAUCAUCAUUAUCGCCUGGUGUGCAUGCAGCUCAACUCGAAACAAUAUGUAGUAAUUUGGGAAAAUUAAAACAAGGACACAAAUGUAUUUACUGUGGGAAAAUUUACUCGAGGAAAUAUGGUCUUAAAAUUCACAUCAGAACUCACACAGGUUACAAACCAUUAAAUUGUAAAUAUUGUCUACGAGCAUUCGGUGAUCCCAGCAAUUUGAACAAACACGUGAGACUGCACGCCGAUACGGAAAGAAAUUCUCCCUACAGAUGUGAUAUUUGUGGAAAAAAUCUCGUCAGACGAAGGGAUCUUGACCGACACAUACGUUCAAGGCAUCAGGAGAAUUCCGGUAACAGUUCAGACGCCUCGGAGGAUUUAGAUAUUAGUGGAUGAAUUCUUUUAAUGAAUUUUUUAAUUUUAAAAAUUUUAAAAACAGAAUAUUUUAAAAAUUUACGACUUUUUGGAAAAA